AUGACAUCGAAUCCACUAGAUAAAUAUCCUCUCAAUCGUCGAAAGCACUAUGUGAAUCGGAAUUUUCAACUUUUCGAUGAUCUUAAUAAGCACCGUGCUCGUGCUAAAAUUGAACCAAAUUCGAAAACUCGACAUAAACCCGAAUUUCUGCUUAGUAUUCACCACAAAGAAAGUUUACAAGUUGAUCAUGGUUUACGAUCAUUAAUGUCACUAUUAAAAGAAUGUCGAGGCAAAGAAGUGCAUCAUCCUGACCCGCGAACAUCGUUACAUAUCAAAGGUCUUGAUAACAUUUAUUACAAAACCCGAAAACCAUUGCAAACUCAUGAUGUUUGCAAACGUUUUCAAGCUGGUAUGCCUGUUUGGCUUUACUUCACAACAACUUGCGAAGCAUUCGAUGAAACGAAACGCACGAAUGACAACGAAAUUAUUGACUAUACACCGAAGGAACGUCUUCAGUACGGUUAUCGUGGCCGUCUGCAACGUGAACAGAUCAGAAUCAAACAACAAAAACAAAACCUUUCGCCCAUCGCAGUUGAUCCAGCAUUGAAUUUAACGUCAACUCGCAAAAAUGCACCACUGUCGACGAUCUGUCAUUUAGUAACACUUGGAACAUUUCUUGACUGUGGAACAUAUGUUGCUCAUGCCUCGACAUUACCGGACAUUGAUAAAUUUGAAUUAGAAUUUCGUUCGAUGCCACAUUCAAUCCAUUUACGAUCGAUUAGAAAUAGCGAUUAUUUGAAUACAGAUGAUGAUUUACUCUAUAAUAAAACACUCUAUUUCGUGACGAUCGCGCAUGAACAUGCAGAAUCGUAUUUAGUUGUUAAUCAUCAAGAUGAUUUCAUCGAUUUGUUCAUACCACUUCUUUAUGCAUUGAAGCCAAUUCAAGAAAUGGAAUUAGAUGAAUUGGGUACCAGACAACGAACACGAUCAACACGAUUCCAUCGAUUCGAUACGAAACAUAUUGCUGAAUCAUCAGUGAUGCAUGUUCGAAUUCCAUUAUUGAAUACGAGUAGCAAAAUGAUUAAUGAUUUAGCGAGCAAUUUGCUGGAAAACAACGUGAAAGUUCUCUUUGGCAACAUACAGAUUGUUUAUUUGCCAAGUGAUUAUGUCAAUCCGUAUGAAAAUUUACAAUUUGGAAAUUAUCUUUGUAACUAUGCUUGGCAUAUGCUUAAUUCAUUAGGUUAUCGUCUAAAGGAUAAACUUACCGAUAAAUUCGUUUCGAAAUUAGUGGAGAUCUCCAACGAUUCGUCUUUGUUCUAUCAUACUUUGCGUGAUCUGUGGAAAAGUUGUAAAGACAAUCGCUUCAUGGAUAUCUAUAUUGCUCUGUGCAAUAAUGCUGUGAAAUACUCGGAUAUUGGUGCUCGAUGGUUAUUCGAUUGCACAACACCGAAUUAUUGUUAUGUUCCACGUGUGAUUGUGACGCCAACACAGCUCUUACCGCAACCGAUGCGUCCAAUGAAGGAAAAUCGUGUGUUACGUGGUGGAAGAUUCGGCUCCUCGUUUGCCUUCUGUCGUGUUCUUUUGCGUGAUGAAGAUUUGAUCACCAUGUCAGCGGAAACAGUUGUGCAAUGUCGCGAACAUAUCUUAAAUUUGAUUAAACAAGAUCUAACGAUUGCUCAAACAGAUUACGAAUAUCUUCAUUGUUCGAAUUCUCAACUACGUGAUCGGUCGUUUUGGUUCUAUAAACCAAAUAAUGGAAAUACAGCUGAGACGAUUCGAAACUGGAUGGGUGAUUUUCGUUACGAAUAUUCGGUGUCAUCGUAUGUGACACGUAUGGCAUUAUGUUUUACCGGUUCAAUCAAGACCUUUACGAUACAAAAAUCGACUGAAGUUGAAGAAAUUCCGGAUGUCAAAUCUCCCGAUGGACGAUAUGUUUUUACAGAUGGAAUCGGCAAGAUUAGCGAACCAAUGAUGCGUCGUGUUUUCGAAGCCUUGGACCUCAAUCAAACAUCAGGGUAUUUGCCAUGUGCUUUACAAAUUCGAAUGGCUGGAAUGAAAGGUGUUUUAGUCAAAGCACCCGAAUUGGGUACACGUGAAGUGAUUCAAGUACGUCGAUCUCAGAUCAAAUUUGAAUGUGAUCAUUAUGAUUUGGAGGUGAUUGAUUAUUCGAAAUCGUGUCAUUUGACAUUGAAUCGACAAGUGAUUACAUUGCUUUCAUCACUCGGUGUGCAAGAUGUCGCAUUUUUGCAUAUACAAAACGAAGCGCGUCUUCGUGCUACAAUGGCAUUGUUGAAAUGUCGAGAAGCGAUUAGUUUGUUGGAUAAAGUUCGAUUUUUUGAAUUUGAAAAAAUUAGCAAUGCGGGAAUUGAUAUUUCACAAGAGCCAUUCUUUCGUUCGUUAUUAAUCGCAGCUUUUCGUGAUCGACUUCGGUGUUUGAAACAACGUUCAAAUAUUUCGAUACCAAAAACCUAUGGCCGAGCCAUGUUCGGUAUUAUUGAUGAAAGUCGGACAUUGCAAUACGGCGAAGUCUUUAUUCAAUAUACAUCAAAUAGUCAAUUGGAAUCAGAAAUUGUACUUGGUUAUGUGGCUGUAACGAAAAAUCCUUGCUUAUAUCCAGGCGAUAUUCGGGUUUUGAAGGCAGUCGACAUUCCACAUUUACAUCAUCUACAUGAUUGUAUCGUUUUUCCUUGUAAUGGCAAUCGUCCACAUACCGAUGAAAUUUCAGGCUCUGAUCUCGAUGGCGACGUUUACUGGGUUUGUUGGUUGCCGGAUCUUGUUCCGCCGCGUGAAAAUCAAAUCGAACCAUUGAAUUACGAUACAUCCGAGAAGAAACUUCUCGAUCAUGCUGUCACAAUGGACGACGUUGCUGAAUUUCUAAUUGACUACAUGGCGAAUGAUUUCCUAGGUGAAUUAUGUAAUGCACAUUUAGCAUGGGCAGAUUUAGAAUCAGCGACGAGUCCACGUUGUAUUGAAUUAGCACGCGAUAUCGCCGCUGUUGUUGAUUAUCCGAAAACAGGCGUGAAUCCGGUUAAUGAUGAAAAACGUCGAGAAUUUAAAGCACCGCGUUAUCCUGAUUUUAUGGAGAAGGAAAUUCGAACAUAUGCCAGUCGAAAGGUUCUGGGCAAAAUCUACCGGCAAGCACGUUGUGCGUAUGAUUUACACGUUCAGUUGGAAUAUCUCGACGAGAAGCAUUUCGUCGAAGUCGACGAAAAUUUAUUGAUCGAUGGUUUCGAAACGUACAUUGAAGAUGCUCGACGUCAGUACAGUCUGUAUUGUAAUAAAUUACAACAGAUUCUUGAUCUGUAUGAUUAUUCAACUGAAGCGGAAUUGAUCACAGGAUGUCAACCGUUAUUUCUCGAUGAGAAACGUUCGUACGAUGCAGCUGAUGUUGCUGGACAAGAUUUCAAACGCUUACGAACCGAUACCCGACGAGAAUUUCUCAAUGAAUUUAUUCGUUACAACGAAAAGCAACAACGAAAACGAGAUCGUGAAGCAACGCUCAUCUCCGCAGAUCCAAAAGUUGCACGUUUACAAUUACAAAAAGCAUCGGCAUGGUAUUAUGUGGCUUAUACAGAAGAACAUGACGAACAUGAACAUUUGAUUAAAUCGAAAUCGUUCGCGUGGAUUAUGUGGGACUUCCUCUGUGAAAUUCGUUCGCGAAAAGAACGAAUUCAUCAUCUAUCGUCUCGAACGAUUUCUGAAGCAUUGAAAUCAUAUUAUAUCACCAUGGCAAAUGUCAAGUCACGUUAUAUUUCCAAUUACGAAAAAGCACGAACAAAUCUUUUUAAAUACUUAGUCGAAGAUCAAUGUGAGCAUUUAUUCGAACCAGCGUAUUCAUUUUUAAACAUUCCUGAACUGACCGGAACACGCGUUCGAGUCAUUAUCGAUUCGCAUAACAAUCUAGUCAAAUCCAAGACAAUCAUCAGUCUAAAUAAACAGCAAUAUGACAUCGUUCGAUUGAAUGUGAAUAAAAUCAAGAUAUUCAAUAAAGCCAAUCGUUUCUAUUGGAAAUUACUGAUGCAACAACCGGCGAUUGCAACUGUCUUGGAAAUAGCGCUGGAUUGGGCAGCGAAACAUCAAUGUUUCACAAGAACGGAUCGAGAAGGAAAUAAAAUUCUUGUGUUAAAACCUGAAAUAUUCUUUGAACGAGCUUUGAAAGCUCUGUUUAAAGAUGUACCUGCAUGUUAUUUACCAGCAUUUGAUGAUGACGAUGACGACGACCCUCGAUCAGGAAAACAUGUCAACGGAUCGAUCGAUGAUGAGACAACAGUAUCAUCCUCGGAUGAUGAUGAACGUGUCGAUCGCGAACGACGGUUGAACGCCGAUGUGUUUCUGACUUACGAACAAUGGACGAAUUAUAUGAUUGAUAAAUGGGAUUUUCAAGCCAUAGCUUACAAUUUUCAAAAACUAAUCCGUGUUUGUAAUGAUGAAAAAGACAUUUGCUUUCUGAACGUUUGUCAUGUUCUCUUGUUGGCAUUACAAAAGAUUGGAAUCACGCGAAAUCUGGACAAUGCAUCAGUUGAUCUGAAAGAUUCACUUGUCUAUCGAUUGGAUCAACAACCAAAUCGAGCCCGACCGUCAUCUGCAUUAAAUGAAAGUCUUUCCAAACCUGCAUCUAUUCCACCGGAAUAA